AAAGAGGCACCAUGGCAGACAAGGCGCAGGUACAAGAGGCCAUCAAAGCACAAGGAGAGGUCGUAAGGAAGCUCAAGGCAGAGAAAGCCAGCAAGGAACAGCGAUAGGGUUGCUGAUCACUUUUUUCCUGUUCUUCCUGCCCGGUGCUACGGACCCUGCCCACCACCUCCAUCCAUCAUCAACCUCACCACCAUCACCAACACCAUAACCUGGACUUGCUGGUGUGACUCCAAAUCGGACUGCCCUACAUCACCAUCAUCAUCUACUCUCCAUUGUGGUGGUGUGAUGCCAAAUCUGACGAACUUCCAAACUGCUGCACUGACUGGACCCAUCUCCAAUAACCUGUUGUCUUUCUUCAUCAUGCGACUGACAUCCAUGGAUAUCUGACUGCAUCGCUGGACUGGUGCCAUCCCACUGAACUGAACAUAAUUGUCUUUUUAUUUUUAUACUGUAUUUUUGCACUGCAUUUUUUGCCAACAUUAUGGCUGCUUUGGGACUGACGUAUGCACGCUUGUGUGCUGGUCUGAAACCUGCACGUGUCUGCUAUGGACUUGUUGGCUGUCGCACUGGACUGUUGAUGCACUUGACGCGGUCUCUCUCUGGGAUGACCAUUGAACAGAUCGAUGAGGAAGUUGCCAAACUGCUACAGCUGAAAGCGCAAAUAGGAGAUGAUGGCGGAAAACACGUGUUUGUUCUCAAAACUGCCAAGGGCACCAGGGACUAUAACCCAAAGCAGAUGGCCAUUAGGGAGAAGGUCUUCAACACCAUCAUUAACUGCUUCAAGCGCCAUGGAGCCGAGACCAUCGACACGCCCGUCUUUGAACUCAAGGAAACAUUAACAGGAAAGUACGGUGAAGACUCCAAACUCAUCUAUGACCUGAAAGACCAAGGAGGAGAGUUGCUGUCUCUCAGAUACGACCUCACUGUGCCCUUUGCCCGUUACCUGGCCAUGAACAAAAUCACCAACAUCAAACGCUACCACAUUGCCAAGGUGUACCGCCGGGACAACCCAGCCAUGACUCGCGGACGCUACCGUGAAUUCUACCAAUGCGAUUUCGACAUUGCCGGCCAGUACGACCCCAUGAUCCCUGAUGCUGAGUGUCUCAGGAUCGUCCACGAGAUCCUCAGUGAGCUGGAGCUGGGGGACUUCCGCAUUAAGGUGAAUGACAGGAGGAUCCUGGAUGGUAUGUUUGCAGUGUGUGGUGUACCCGACGACAAGUUCAGAACCAUCUGCUCAUCCGUAGACAAACUGGACAAGAUGCCAUGGGAGGAGGUCAAGAAUGAAAUCGUAAAAGAGAAGGGACUUCCAGAGGAGGUAGCCGAUCAGAUUGGAGAGUACGUCAACAUGCAAGCGGGUGGCAUGGCCCUGGCGGAGCAGCUGUUGCAGGACCCCAAGCUGGCCAAGAGUAAAGCAGCCUGCGCCGGCCUCACCGACAUCAAACUCCUCUUCAGCUUCCUGGAGCUCUUCAAAGUCACAGACAAGGUGGUGUUUGAUCUGUCCCUGGCACGCGGUUUGGACUACUACACGGGCGUCAUCUACGAGGCCAUCCUCACCCAGGCAGGCGUGGCCCCGGCCCCUGCCCCCACCCCCUCGCCACAGGAGGCCAACGGCGCAGCAGGGGACGACGGCCCAGUCAGCGUGGGCAGUGUGGCCGGGGGCGGGCGCUACGACGGGCUGGUGGGCAUGUUCGACCCCAAGGGCCGCAAGGUGCCGUGCGUGGGCGUCAGUAUCGGGAUAGAGAGGAUCUUCUCCAUCAUGGAGCAGAAGGCAGAGCUGUCGGCAGAGAAGGUCCGCACGACAGAGACACAGGUGAUGGUGGCGUCCGCUCAGAAGAACCUUCUGGAGGAGAGGCUGAAACUGACCUCAGAGCUGUGGGACGCAGGAGUCAAGGCGGAGGUGAUGUACAAGCGCAACCCUAAGCUGCUGAGCCAGCUGCAGCACUGUGAGGACACGGGCAUCCCCCUGGUGGCCAUCCUGGGGGAGCAGGAGCUGAAGGACGGGGUUGUCAAGCUCAGGACCGUCGCCACCAGAGAGGAGAUGGAUGUGUCCAGAGCUGACCUGGUGGAGGAGAUCAGGAAGAGGACCUCACAGUCUUAAAACCACCACACAUCAUCUAAAAACCGGCCAAACACACCCAAGACUGAAUUACGUCCUAUCUACCACCACUCUCUACCAUCUACACACGCGCGCACACACACACACACACACACACACACACACACACACACACACACACACACACACACACACACACACACACACACACACACACUGUCAGACUUUAUUACCUCACUUGGACUUUGUGUGGGUACACUACACACUUUUCAUUUUGCCCCAGUCAUCUGUUGCAUACGUUCAGAUAAAGGAAUGAUGUGGACCUAUCAAAAAAUGUAUUUGCUGCCUACAAAGCAUGACGGACCGGACCCACCCUCAACGUGCAUUGGGAUCAGUGGAUUUGGGACAGCUCCUACUAGCUGUUAAAGACAAAAGGCAAAUUAUGCUUCUCAUACUGUUUCAGUUCUGUUUCCAUGGUCCAAUGAAGAGUAUGUAAUGCAACUGUAAAAAAAUAAAGAUGCCCACAUGUAAUGA